AUUUUCGCGUCUGUUGUUCUCUCUCCAAUACGUCUUUGCUAUACCACACCCCACCGCGGCCUCCCCUGCUCGCCACCAUGGCAUCGGCAUUCACCUCCCGCCUCAUCUCGCGCCCCUCGCCCACCAUCCUCUACCACCCCUUCCAGCUUCUGCAGCCCAUCUACCACACCCUCAUCGACUACCUCUUCCUCGCAUCCCCGCUCUCCUGUCUGCGGCUUUCCCGAUACCACUACAACCACUACAUCCCCCUUCUCUACGACCGCGUCGUCAUCACAAAAGGAAAAGUCGACAUAUGGACGACGGCUUUGAAACGCGCAAAGCCGAGGGAUCUUGUGGAUGUUGCUGUGGUGAUGAGACAGUGCACCAAAGUGCUCACUCUGCCAGACUGGGAGGGGUUGCAUGGAGUGGUGUAUAUGCCAGAUGACAGGGUUGCCUUUCCGGGUGUCACUUCGGUGCUCGUCCCUCCACGGCUGUUUGCGGCCUGUCCAGAGGGGCGAAGAGCCGGGGCGAUGGAAGAUUUGGAGAUCCUCUUGAGCGAGCGAUGUGGGUCUGUCCGAAACCUGGUCGUUCAGCUCGGUGCAGUCGAUGUCCGAACAGCCCUUCCCCAACUCCACUCUCCUGCCAAACUCAACUUUCCUCACCAUUACCACCUCAACGCCGAAACCCUUACCGUCUGCGUACCUGUCAUUCCCGUCGGCGCCUCCGACCCGUUCGUAUGGCAAGACUACAUCAACAACGUUGCCGACAUUGCUAUAUCUUGGGCUGUGAAAAGCAGGAUACGGUAUCUGUUCAAAAUGGACGACAAGACGUACAAGUCGCUUGAGUAUAGGCGUACGUUCUGCAUAGCCCUGAUCGGCAUCAUCUCCCAACUCGGCUCCUUCUUCACCCGCACCCCAUCGUGUCCUAUCCGAAUCCAACUUCUCCUUUGUCAUCCCCUCGCAGAACCGACGAUCGACUUUGUGAGGAAGAAUACGGUGCAGGUGCUAGCGCCGUCUUUGGGGGAGAACAAGGCGAGGUUGAUGAGUUUUUUGGAUGAUAUGUUGGAGAUCAAGAAGGUUAGCGCCGAAGAGGCUAUGUGGGCUGUGGAGGGAUGGGACUGAGGGAAUUGCCGUUUCUUAUGAACCGACGAUCGCAAUUCGGUCUUCUAGUGAGAUUACUCCAGCACGCCCCCACAAAUCACCCAUUAUGUCCUCAGAGGAUGGAGCUAGAUUUGAGAGUGGCAGGCGCAGCAGUCUGGGGACGUAUUCGUCCAAGGCCACUCACCUCUCCAGUCUCCCCGAUCCCCUCGAUCUCAAUCGCUCAUUGACACUUUUCGAUACUUCAUCUUCCCGUUCACUAAGCGUAAUCAAUACUCCUCGACGCCCAUAUUUCCAUCGACAAAAGGCCAUUGUUGCAUCUUUGCGACAAGGUGCAGCCGAUACUCAAGGGCGUCAAGAGCAGGGUGGGAGAGCAGGG